AUGCACAUCUUCAUCAUCACUAUCAAGGAACUGUUCACGCUCCUGCAGACGGUUCCAUCCGUACUAGGAACUAAUCUCUGGGCCCUGGGAGUUCUCUUGCUCCUGGGAGCCUCUAAAACUCCUGCACCUCACAUUGCUGCUAACCGUGGCUAUGACUCGAUGUUCCUCCUCGAUCUUCCCGUUGAAAUGCUUCUUUGCAUAGCGGAGAGCCUGGAUCAAGCCAGAGAUUUGUUUGCACUGGCUUGUCUCAAUCAUGCAGCGAAUGACCUUUUCCUCGACUAUCUGUACACGUUCAACGUCCGACACCAACGCAGCUCUGCCUUAUUUUGGGGAGUCCGCCGAGGCAAAUCGAAAUUU